AUUAGUAGGCAGGACUCCCCCUCCAGGUUUCGUUUCUGGUAACUCAGCUGACGCUCGAGAGGCUUGUACUACUUUGCUUGCUGCCACUGCUCCAUCAUAACUUUCUAGGACACAGCCUACUGUCAGUUUGUUGCAAGUUCGAGGAGUCAACCUACUCGCAUGUUCAUUUACAAUGAAAAUGUAUGGCAUAGCCCUGUCUAACCGACAUUUCAUACAUCUUCAUUGUCUGUGGAUUGUCGGCUAUGUUGCCUCCUCCCCCCUGCAUUCCAUUCCUGUCUCCGUCUCUUGCAAUGUGGGAAGCCAAGCCAUCCUUCCCUGCAAGUGGAAGUCCCAGCUAGACAAAAUCCCAGUUUGCCAUGUCCAGUGGCAGACACCUGAUGAGACAGUGUUUGAACAGAUGGGGGCGCAACGGUGGCAGGCAACCGAGUUUGAGGGGCGGGUGGAGGUACCUGAGGAAAAGCUGUGGGGGGGAGACUGCUCUCUGAUCUUGCAUGACGUGCAGUUUGGGGAUGUGGGGCUUUACGAGAGCUUCAUGGUGGUUGACAGGGCACGUAAUAAGAGACGGGUGUUCAUCCAGAGUGUCCAGCUCUCAGUCCAUGACCACACAUCCGAGGAGUCCUUGAGGGUGGGUGAAACCCUGGACCUGAAGCUCCACACUCCCCAGGCCAAGAAAGUGGUCUUCCAGGGGAGGAACAGCACAGAGAUGACAGUCCUGUGGAUGAGGGGUGAAGAGGAAGUCAACAGUGGUCGUCUUAAGGAGGUCAAAGGGUUUGUGGUCCUCAAAGGGUUGAAGAUAGACGACUGUGGGACAUAUACCGUGUUGGAUUCCCACGGGCUGCCGGUUAGCACGGUUCAUCUUACAGUGGAAGCAUAUCAGGUUGAUGAAACUCAAAAAUUCCAUGAGAUCCAGGGCAAACAAGCACUUAUCGGUAAAUCAACAUAUAACAGGUCCUCCUCUCUGCUUAUGUUAUUUGUCCUGCUGUUCAGUCCCCUGAUUCAACAUCUCCUCUAACAACGAUCUGUCAUGUAAGCAAGGUUUAAACCUAUUUGGCUGGUUUCCCAGACUGUCUGGAAAUAUUGACAGUGAAAUUGGAAAAUUCAAGAAAAGAGAAAUUAAUAAAAAUGCAAAACAUAUGUUGGUUGUUGUCUGGGCAAUGUUCCCAGGGAAUCUAAUAUCUAAUAAAAUUAUAAAAAAUAAAGAUUGAGCCAGUUUCCAGGAUCAGAUUAACACUAUUCCCAAUGGACUAAAUAGUGAGCUCAAUAGAGAAUAUCCAUUGAAAACUGCUUUCUAGGCCAGGACUAGAAUUCAUCUGUGUCAAGAAAAUUAAAUCCCAUUAUUCAGUAUGAUUCCACUUUCUCUGCUACUGUCAGUAGUGUAGGUCUAUAGCUUACUGGCCAUAUAUUAUACAGAGUUUGGGUCAUUCCAAUUCUGUAACAAAGUUAACAAGUUAAGUAGACUUAGUUUUGUUUGUUCAAUUUACAUCAUUAAUUGCAGACCUGCCAACCAUGUCCAGCUUUUUAGAGUACCAGACGCGAACGGCAAAUUGGAGAUUCAAGGGGUUUCUUUCCCCCUGCACGCUCGUGCGCGCACCGUUUGUGUGUCUGAUCGCAAUUAUAGAAUUGUACCAAAUCAAGUCUUUAUUAGGCUGGAAUACUUUCUUGACAGCAUUCCAUUUACACAUAUGGUAAAAGUCACUAACAAUAUCUAAUUAGAAAGAACGCACAAAGGGCCUUUAUUCUUGGAGUUUUUUAAAUUUGUACAUUCUAUAAAACAAAUAAGUUGUUUAUUUAGGGAGAAAAUGUACAAACGUCUUAUUCACGAUUAAACUCGAAUGAUAAGAACAAAUGUUUGAAGCAGAGCAUCAGUCUCAAACAUGUUAACCAUAAUAAAAACGACAAAAGCUAUGACAGGAAACAGUGGAUGAGAACAAAUCUUCUGGAGAUUAAAAUCAUUUCCUAGACAGAUUUGCCUGGUAGCUAUCAGAUUUAGCUUUACGCAUCAGGGUAGACUUCUCGCGGCAAACAGUUCCUCUGGCAGUCACUGAAACCUUCUUGGCAACGAGGGCACUCGGAAUAUCUGUACCGAGGGAGCUUUUUGUGACGUGGAUCAUAAUUACAGUUAGUCUAUCAGAUUGCGUGAUCCUCGUAAUGUUACGUGGAAAAUAGAACUAAUGGGACGCAUAAUUAAAUGUAUAUCACACUCGCACAAAUGUGGCCGGUUGUUUUUCGUAUUUGCAUUUCAUUUCUUUCACUAGCAAAUGCGAGUGAACUGCUGGCACUUUAGAGCCCACUGAAUGUCUACCUUAUGUUCGCUAACAUUAGUUUGAAACAAUGAGUGAUUCCACAACACACGGAGUCGAAAAGGGAUUUGUCCAUGUGUUCACGUACAGCUGACAGUCGGCAAAAUCAGCAUCACAAAAAACAGGAGUGGCAGACACGGGAUAUCUACCUCGAAUCAUGAUGUAUUCAUCUCCAUGCCCGUUGACACAAACGCCGUACAUGUCUGUGUUGCAGCUCGACAAUCGGGAUGUUAGAUUUACUCCGUGGAUGUAUGUAAAAAAUAAACCAUUCAUUUCUGCCUACUUUUGUCUCUGAUCUCGUCCCCGCGUACAUGGACAGAAAAUUGCGUAGUUGGUACGCAAAAUGCGGGCAUGUUUGCAAGUCUGUUAUUGAUAUGAAAAUCUGAGCUCAUGUUUAGUUUGGAAGUUCAGAGAUUUUGAUUAUUACGCACUACUCAUAAUAGUAAUAUAUUAUACAAUUGAAUGAAAAUGUGAUUGUUGUUCAAUUUUAUUACAGCAAUGUAGUCUUUAAUGUAUAUUAAAUCAAAUCAAAUUGUAUUUGUCACAUACACAUGUUUAGCAGAUGUUAGUGCGAGAGUAGCGAAAUGCUUGUGCUUCUAGUUCCGACAAUGCAGUAAUAACCAACAAGUAAUCUAGCUAACAAUUCCAAAACUACUACCUUAUAGACACAAGUGUAAGGGGAUAAAGAAUAUGUACAUAAAGAUAUAUGAAUGAGUGAUGGUACAGAGCGGCAUAGGCAAGAUACAGUAGAUGGUAUUGAGUGCAGUAUAUACAUAUGAGAUGAGUAUGUAAACAAAGUGGCAUAGUUAAAGUGGCUAGUGAUACAUGUAUUACAUAAGGAUGCAGUAGAUGAUAUAGAGUACAGUAUAUACGUAUACAUAUGAGAUGAAUAAUGUAGGGAACAUUAUAUUAGGUAGCAUUGUUUAAAGUGGCUAGUGAUAUAUUCAUUUCCCAUCAAUUAACAUUAUUAAAGUGGCUGGAGUUGAGUCAGUGUGUUUGCAGCAGCCACUCAAUGUUAGUGGUGGCUGUUUAACAGUCUGAUGGCCUUGAGAUAGAAGCUGUUUUUCAGUCUCUCGGUCCCAGCUUUGAUGCACCUGUACUGACCUCGCCUUCCUUAAAUAAACCACUGAAUGAUUUACAGCCUUGUGAUUAUAUUAAACGUAGAUUAUAACAUAUUGGAAUGACUUCAUUUACAGUGCCACUAUAUUGUAUGUAUGUGUGUGUAUAUAUUGUCGUGGAAAGAUCAGAAUUUGUUGGUAACAUUUGUAAGAUGUUUAAUAUUCAUCAAAUGUGUGUAAGUUACUUCUCAUGAGAAUGUAUUUUGUUGUACUAUAGUGGUGGCCAUUGGCAGUUAUCUGUUCUAUGUCAGGACUAAGUUGCAUGGGCCGCUGAGAGGGGAGAGGUCAAAGUGUCAUCAUGUGUAAACAUAUCUUUUACUCCCUACCUUUCCCAGUGGGGAAAGGAGGGGUUGCAGUGUCUGGAAUCAUUCUAUGCUCCCUCUUAUGUUGUUUCUAUCUUAACCUAUAGCCUCACCCCUCUCCGUGAGUUUGUCCAGGAGUGUGUAUUUUGAGUGGGUUGUAUCUAAAUGACAAUUUGAUAUAUGCCUGUUGAUAUGGAGGAUUUGGUUUAUGGUUCUGGGGUUUGGGAAAGGAGACAAAGCUGAACGAUGAAUUAUGUCUAUGCUGUCUGACUAUGGGUGUCUUUGCUAUUAAAAGGAACUCAGUUGCAUUGUAAGGGGGCUCUCAGAGAAUCCACUGGGAGACACUGAAUUUAUCUGAGAGUCACAGGAUUGUGAUAAGAGCUCAUAUAAUUAAAGAUGGACUUUUAGAACUAA